AUGGAUCAUGUUAAAGUAAUUAUUGUUGGAGGUGGUGUAGCAGGUUUGGCAGCUGCAAAAACCUUAGGAUGCGAUGUAAAUUAUGUAUUGGUUGAAGCACAAAAUUAUCUUGGUGGUCGUAUUCUUACUGUUGAUCCAGCACCAAAUCUUACAGUUGAUUUGGGUGCUCAAUAUGUACAUGGUGAUAAGAAAAAUGCUGUGUAUGAUAUUUGUGAUGAAUUGGAUAUUCUUUUGUCAGAUGAUGAAGAAUCUGAUGAUGAGGCAUUGGUUGUUACAACUGAAGGAAAAAAUUUUAAACCUGAAGUACUAGAAAAAGUCACUGAUUUAUGGGAACGAGCAAGAGACAAAGCUGAAGAAAAAUAUGAAGAUCAAGCAACAUCAUCAUCACCUAUAUCAUUUGCUGAUAUUGUACCAAAAGAAUUUCAAAAACGGCUAUCAUCUUCUUCAUUUAUUUGCAAAGAUUUAAUUCGACCUUUUGUUGAUUAUUUUAUGAAAUUAGAAAUGACAGAAACUAGUUGUUCUUCAUUAUCUGAUUUAAACCUAAUUGAAUAUCUUGCCUAUGAAGAUCUGGAAGGUGAAUAUGAAAAUGAUUUAAAAAAUGGUGGAUAUCGUCCAUUUAUUAAUUAUUUAAAAUCUUUCAUACCCAAUGAUAAUCGUAUUCGUUUGAAUUGUGAAGUAACACGAGUAAAAUUUAUUGAAGAUGAUCAAAAAUUAUUAGUUGAAAUGAAUUGUCUAAAUGAACACCGUAUGAAAACAAUGAUGUGUGAUCAUAUUAUUUGGACGACUUCAUUAGGCCACUUGAAAAAGAAUUUUCAUACGAUAUUUGCUGAAGAACCAAAAUUAAUUCAACAAAAACAAAAUUCUAUUGCUAAUUUAGGUUUUGGUACAGUUAACAAAGUGUUACUGAUAUACAAAAAGAAAUUUUGGAAUCGACAUAUCAGUCACAUUGCUUUAUUACAUACAAAAAAAGAUCUGUCAUUCGAAAUGUCUGAUGGAUUACGACAACAACUACAUGCUGAACGAGUCGAUUCAGAUAUGUUUAAAGAAAUUGUUAACAUGCUAUUCCAUUUUGAUGUAUUACCAUCAACUGAUAUACCAGUUUUAAUUGGUUGGUUAGUUGGUCCAGCUGCAGUUAUGAUAGAAAAUCUUAGUGAACAAUUAGUUGGACAAAUUUGUCAUGAGGUUCUUUGCCAUUGUAUGAAUAUCGCUCAAGAGACAUAUCAACCAGUCAGAGUACUUAAAAGUGAAUGGCAUAAUAAUAAAUAUAUUCGAGGUUCUUAUUCGUACGCAUCGAUUAAAUCAAAUAAACAUGAUCGAAGACAAUUGCGAGCAUCGUAUGCACCAGACGGGAUUCGAAGAAUUCUGUUUGCUGGUGAAGCAACACAUGAAUAUUACUAUUCAACUGUGAACGCUGCAUUGGAAACUGGCAUUCAAGCUGCUAAUAAAGUUUUAUCAGUCAUCGAUUAA